AUGUGUUGUGAGGUCAAUAAUGAACAUGAGCUGAGACAGAUUGAGACAACAACCAGGAAACAAGCAAGACCAGAGACUGCAAUCAAAUGUAACGACAUCUUCAAACCCUUAACUGGACAAGACAAGCAUAUCAGAACUGUGCUGACAAAGGGAGUCGCUGGCAUUGGAAAAACAGUCUCUGUGCAGAAGUUCAUUCUGGACUGGGCUGAAGGAAAAGCAAAUCAGGAUGUCCAAUUUGUAUUUUCAUUCCCUUUCCGGGAGCUGAAUUUGAUGAAAGGGGAACAACAUACUUUGAUUAAUCUUCUCAAUCACUUCUCAAUGGAAACAAAACAAUCAAGAAUCUCCAACUAUGACAAGUACAAAGUUCUGUUCAUCUUUGAUGGUCUGGAUGAGUGCCGACUGCCCCUAGACUUCCAGAAGAACAAGAUCUGUUGGGACGUCUCAGAAUCAACCUCAGUGGAUGUUCUGCUGACAAAUCUCAUCAAGGGAAAUCUGCUUCCCUCUGCUCUCAUCUGGAUAACUACCCGACCUGCAGCAGCCAAUAAGAUCCCUUCAUGGUGUGUUGACCAGGAAACAGAGGUACGAGGAUUCAAUGACCCACAGAAGGAGGAGUACUUCAGGAAGAGAUUCAGUGAUGAGGACCUGGCCAACAGAAUCAUCUCACACAUAAAGACAUCAAGGAGCCUCCACAUCAUGUGCCACAUUCCAGUCUUCUGUUGGAUUUCUGCAACAGUCCUCGAACACAUGCUGAAACAUAAGAGAGAAGAGAUGCCCAAGACUCUGACUGAGAUGUACACACACCUUGUGGUGUUUCAUACCAAACAGAAGAAUGAAAAGUAUCUUGGGAAAGAAGAGACAGGUCCACACUGGAAUAAAGAGAGCAUUCUGUCAAUGGGAAAACUGGCUUUUCAACAGCUUGUCAAGGGCAAUCUGAUUUUCUAUGAAGAAGACCUUAGUGAAGCUGGCAUUGAUGUCAAUGAAGCCUCAGUGUACUCAGGAUUGUGCACACAGCUCUUUAAAGAGGAAUGUGGGCUGUACCAGGUCAAGGUGUAUUGCUUCGUGCAUCUGAGCAUUCAGGAGUUUCUGGCUGCUGUAUAUGUGUUCCUCUCAUUCAUCAACAACAAUGAGAAUCUAAUGGCCGAACUGCAAAUAAAGUCGAGUAACUUUUCUUUGCAGUUCAGAGACGAGCCUGAAGUUACUUUCUACAAGAGUGCUGUGGAUAAAGCCUUACAAAGUGAGACAGGAAACCUGGACCUGUUCCUCCGCUUCCUUCUGGGCCUCUCAAUGGAGUCCAAUCAGAAGCACUUACGAGGUCUACUGACAAAGACAAGAAGCAGCUCACAGAGCCAUGAAGAGACAGUCAAGUACAUCAAGGAGAAGAUCAGGGAGAAUCCCUCCCCAGAGAGGAGCAUCAAUCUGUUCCACUGUCUGAAUGAACUGAAUGACCAUUCUCUAGUGGAGGAGAUCCAAAGCUACUUGAGAUCAGGAAGUCUCUCUAGAGCUGGCCUAUCACCUGCAAAGUGGUCAGCUCUGGUCUUUGUGUUGCUGACUUCAGAAAAGGAGCUGGAUGUGUUUGACCUGAAGAAAUACUCCAGAUCAGAGGAAGGUCUUCUGAGGCUGAUGCCAGUGAUCAACGCCUCCAGAGCUGCUCUGUGA